AUGAAAUCAAAACCUGAUAAAACUAUUGAGUCUUAUUUCUCUGCUUUAAAAGAACUAUGCCGAAAGGUAGACCCAAAUAUUAGCAAUUCUGAUAAAGAUAAAAGGAGAAAAUUUAUAGAUAGCCUAUGUUCUGAAUUCCAUAUUUCAGUUGAAUCUGCAAUAUCAGAUGAUCUAUUUGAAGCU